AUGUCAGACACCGGGGAUAAGAAGUUGACGGUGCCGAAGUUCUCAACCUUCAAGCCCAAGGCACCCGAUCCUGUGCCGUUGGCCAAAUCCUCGUCUAGUGAAGUCACACACAGCCGGAAGGAUGGUGCUGGUGAGGUAGCUAAGGAAAAGAAAUCCCGGCAUGAGUCCAGGCACCGAGACGACCACCGGAGGCAUAGGUCAGAUCACCGAUCAGAGCAUCGAUCGGAACACCGCCACCGUGAUCGCAAACGCAGUCGCAGCCGCAGUCAGGAACGGUCUCUUGUUGUUGCUAAAAGACCCAACGUUGCCACGACUCUGGAAGAAAGGGCUGGAAACGGCGUCUUCGUCAUAGACACAAAAGGUGACCCCCUCAUCAGGAGAUUUGGCGGCAACGACCGCGGCAAGGUGCCCACGUAUCGUCGUGACGGGCGUGGGAAAGUCCUCGGUUCCGAUGGCUACCUCAUUAUUCACAGAGAUGGCCCCAGAGAAGAAUUCAGCAUUCGGAUGCCGGGCGAGGGCAGCUCUACUUUGCGAGACAGAGCUCUAUUCCAGGCGAGGGUUCAUAGGGUGAAAACAAGACGCAUACGCCCACGAAAUGAAGGCCAAGAGGAAGCCGAAGAGGACUUCGUACCACUCAGCAAGUCGUCCAAACGAUGCCGCACUGAAGAGCCAGAAUCCGACGGGGAUGACAAACCCUCUUACAGAUCAAUCGAGGGCAAGGCCAAGGCCCAUGAGUUCUCUGAUAGCGACAUCGACUUUGAAACCGACCAGGAGGGCGACUUGACUCCGGAAGCAGACGAGCCCCUCAAGCAACGUUCAAUUCACCUGUCUCGUCGGGUCAAGGAACAUCCUGAUGACAUCGCAGGAUGGCUCGAACUUAUCGCCCAUCAGGACGUUCUCCUCAAAGCUGGCGAAAGUCUAGACCGCGAAGUAACAAAGGGCGAGAUACACAGUUUUGCAGAGAUCAAGAUAUCAAUGUACGAGUCUGCACUUGCCCAAGUCAAAAGACCAGAAGACGAAGAACGGCUUCUCCUUGGUCUGAUGCUUGAGGGUGCCAAGGUCUGGUCCUCAUCGAAGCUUGACAGCCGUUGGUCGGACGUGGCAAAGAAGCACGAAGUGAGUUUCUGUCUUUGGAAGGCCAGGAUCGACCACAAAGUCACGGACUUGAAGACGUUUGAGUACAGCGAAAUCAAGAAGCUGUAUAUUGAACGCCUGCGAGCCGUCGCCCAACAGUCAUCCGUUUCGGCUUCCCCAGGACCAGUGUAUAGCGCAAAUACCGAUACAGAGGCUGCCCGUUACGAGCAGAUGAUAUACAUCUUUUUGCGAAUCACCAGGUUCAUAUACGACGCUGGCUAUCGUGAAUCGGCAGUCGCAGCGUGGCAAGCGCUUCUCGAACUCAACUUGCAACGACCUUCCACGCAUGAUGCCCUGUCAGAAUCUGAAAUACUGAGUUCUUUUAGAGACUUCUGGGAAGAUGAAGCACCAAGGCUAGGAGAGCACAACGCAUCCGGCUGGAGUCACUACGUCCAGACUAAUGGUUCGGUGGAUUCUCCAGAACAGCAACGAGACGACGACACUGUGGUGCAAUCCAGAGAUGUAUACAAGUCUUGGGGUGCGACAGAACGUCUCCGGGCAAUAAGCUCCAGGAGUCCAGGCCGAGCUACGGAUGAUGUUCUCGAGGACGAUCCAUACCGAGUUGUCAUGUAUUCAGACAUCGAAGAGCUUCUCUUUGUUAUCCCAUCCGCAAUAGUUUCCCGUGUUUGGAAGCAAUUGGUGGAUGGCCUUCUCAUAUUCUGCUGUCUGCCCCCGGUGUUUCGCUCAAGCCCAUGGAUUCAAAGCGCAGAGAAUGACUCCUUUGUUGUUGGCAGUCUAAGCGUUUUCGAGGCCGACGUCCUUCGCAAGCCGAACGAACCUGAUGUUAUGGACGAGACCAAGAGUAUACCGGCUUUCGAGCAAGACGGGCUGCGCCUUGCUGUGUCUUCCGAUCUACUCUUUGCUAGACGGAAUUGGUUCUCCUUUCUCAGUGGCUGGCCUUGCACUGCCAAGUCUCUCGAUGGACCGGUAGACUUGUCUUGGGUUGCGAAUUGUCUUCGACAACUCGUAAUAUCGGUCGGCUUGAAGGAUUUGGCAGAGUAUUCAUUGGCCGUGGAUGUCGCCAACGAACCCGGCAAUGUCAAAAAGCGCGCUAAAGCUCUCAUCAAGAAAGACCCGUCAAACCUGGCCCUCUACAACGCUUAUGCGCUGGCCGAGGUUGGAACUAGUAACUUGGAAGUUGGCCGUCAGGUUGUCUCAUCAGCUACUAGUUCGGUCUCACCUGCCAGCUCCACCAGCGGGUUGUUGCUUUUCAAGACGUGGGCAUGGAUGGAACUUGACGAAGGGAACAAGAAUCAGGCCAUACUGCGUCUCUGUGCCUCAGUUGACCAGUCCUUGAGGAAUGCCCCGGGAUUGGCAGCUCCGUCUCCAUCGCAACUCUUGAAGGCUCGUCAGACUUUGCUGGACGACCUCGAGCACCAACUCUCUCUCAGGCAGCCGGAUGGAGCUAUUUUGAGUGCAGAAUGCCUUGCAUUGCUGGUAUAUCUCACAUCGCAAGAGGGUAGCGAACCCACGUCUGAGGCCCAAGGAAGCAUAUCCAUGGCGAUGGAAAGACUGUGGACCAUCUCUUCUGAACUGUGUGCACAGGGCCAAGCGAAGUCUCAAGCCCACGAAAGGCUCUUGCAGGCUGCUGCAAGACUUUUAUACCAUCACGCCAGUCGAGGGCCAUUCCGGCGAGCGUACUUGAGAGAUCAGCUCGCUCAUUGCAUCGACUUGUUCCCACGCAACACCAUUUUCCUCACUCUCUUCGCAUGGGCCUCGACGACUUUCGGCAUCGAUGAUCCUGUCCGGGACAUUCUUCGGAAGGUCACACUUACCGAUGCCAACGAUUGCAUUGGGAGCCGCAUGUUUGCGAUUCGCUACGAGCUGCUGAAGGGAAACGUACACUCCACCCAGGCGGCGUUUGAGCGAGCUCUAGAUACCCCGGUAUGCAGGUCAAACCCAGAAUUCUGGCGAUGCUACAUCAAGUUCAGCUAUGCAAGGAAACAGUUCCGGCACAAGGCUAAGGAAGUCUUCUUCCGCGGGCUGCGACAUUGUCCAUGGUCGAAGGAUCUGGCCCUCGAGGCAUACACAACGCUCAUCAACGUCAUGGAUGAGUUCGAGCUCAGGUCUGUCUUCAACACGAUGACCUCCAAGGGAUUGCGGAUACACGUCGAUUUGGAGGAAUUUGUGACGAAGCAUGAGAGAAGUAAGGUGAAGCGUCGUUAG